CUUGAAGCCAUUUCAACAUUCGGCAGGCCGCAUUAGUUCUCUUGAAGCCAUAAACUGAAUAUUCCCCUGAGGCAACUUUUCACCUUGCCGCAACCACCACUGACCACAUCCUGUUGAAAUCCGUAAUCUUGAUUUGUCUAGUGGAUUGUGCUCUUCUUACAUUUGCUCUCUCUGCUAGUCCCUCUCCACCUUCCAAAGCUCUUCUUCAAUGGCUUUCAGCAAUAUUUAUGGUGACUACGAAGUGCGCAUGCCAAUGACUGGCUUAGCAGAAGUUUAUCUAGGCCGGAGCAUGACUACAGAGAGAGCGGCUUUUUUGAAAAUUGGGAGCACACCAGCAUGUGUAACAAGCCUUUCAGCCGAAGCACGAAUCCUUUGCGACCUUGCAGGCGUGCCGGGAGUCCCCCAGCUGCUUUGGUCGGAGACGGUGCCUGCACAUACUGUUAUUGUCACCGACGUUUACAGGCCUACGCUUGGGGCAAUCUACAAGCAGGCUGGUCGCCGGCUUGGGCUGGAUUUGAUCCUGUCCCUGGGGGAGCAGUUGCUCUCGCGACUAGAGUGGAUCCACUCCCGGUCAAUCUCGCACGGAAAUCUCACCCCGGAAGCGCUAGCUGGGGGGGCGGGGGGAAGCUGGCAGAGCCAUCAACUUUUCAUCACUGACUUUCAGUGUGCCAAAAGAAUCGAUGAGCCGUCAGCCAUCUGGCCGGCACAGCAGGCGGACCUUAAGGCGCUGGGAGCGAUUCUUAUCUACCUCCUCGGUUCUUGUGACUCGUGGGACGAAUUCCAAAAAGAGGGGAUCCCAGAGGGUGCUGAGAUUCCGGCACUAAUCACCACGUUCUGUGAAUGUCAUUUGCAGGUGGAGAAAAUUGGAAAGGAGAUAUGUCUCCCUGCUGAUGACGCUCCGGGUCUGAGGCUGCUGCGCUCGCUCUCGGAGGUCAUGGAGUUGUACAUGAGUAUCCUGCUUCAAAAGCGGAUGACACGACAGCAUCUCCUGCCAAAACCCUACGACCUUCCAAGUCGUCUGUGGAGGGAUUUACGGUGGUACUUGGCUGCUGUGGCAGAUAUGACGGUGGAUUUUCAGAAAGUGGUUAUCGAAAUGAUUUAUGGUUUCAUGGCAGCUCUGUCUGAUGUUGUCCCCUGCUACAGACUACACUGGUUGGGCAACCUGAUUACUUUGGCUGAUGAAAGAGGAAGGGUGGACACUGACAACACGAAGGAGGAGGCUUUGAAAAGGGCAAAAUGGGGGUGGCGGGAGCAUUACAAUACACUAGAGGUGGAGCUGAUGCCCAUGAGCUCACCUCAGAUUCUUUCCUAA